GGCUCUGGCGGCGGAUAGGGCGCUCACCUCCGCCCUCGCGGCUCGGCCGUUAGAGCGGGGCGGCUCUCGCGAGAGGCGGCGCCAUGGGGGCGCACGGCGUCAAGGCGGUGUUCUUCGACUUGGACAACACGCUGGUCGACACUGCGGCGGCCGGGCGGCGCGCCAUCGAGGAGGUGAUCAGUGCCCUGCAGUCAAAGCACCGCUACGGCGAGGGGGAAGCCCGCGUGAUCUGCGAUAAGGUCCAGGCCAAGCUUCUCAAGGAGUGUCACGAUCCCGCCAAGAUGUGCAUCACCGACCUGCGGAUUUCGCACUGGGAGGAGGCGAUCCAGGAGACGAUCGGGGGGGAGGUGAACCGAAACCUGGCCGCCGAGUGCUAUUUCCUGUGGAAAACGACCCGCCUCCGGCACCUCACCCUGGCCGAGGACACGCGGGGCAUGCUCACCGAGCUGCGGAAAAGGGUCCGCUUGCUGCUCUUGACGAACGGCGACAAACAGACGCAGAGGGAGAAGAUCGAAGCGUGCGCCUGUCAGCCCUACUUCGAUGCCAUCGUUGUGGGAGGAGAGCAGAAAGAGGAGAAACCGGCGCCAUCCAUAUUUCAUUACUGUUGCGAUCUCCUGGGGGUGCAGCCCGCAGAGUGCGUUAUGGUUGGUGACUCUCUAGAUACAGAUAUUCAAGGAGGCCUCAAUGCUGGCUUGAAAGCAACUGUCUGGUUAAACAAAGCAAUGACUACCCCGGUAGAUACCUCCCCAGUACCUCAUUAUAUUAUUUCUUCUGUUCUGGAUCUUCCAGCAGUUUUGCAGAAGAUGGAGCGCAAAAGUAAUGCUAACUUAGGAACUGACCAUAUGGCUAGUAGUAAUGGAGCACAUUGAUGGUUCCGGCGUACUACAAUCAGAGACAUGCUGAGCUGUUAGGUGACUCACACUCUUUCAAAAAAUUUGAUCCUAGGAUUUUGAACUCGUGUACAGUAUGCUUUCUUAAACAGCAGAUGGAUGAAUAAGAGCAGUUGUCAGGGAAAACAGGAUAGAAACAAAGAAUUAGAUUAAUUUGAAAGAUGCAAGUGCGGUUAAUUUACAACAACUGCCUCUGUCCGGAAAUUAUUUUGACAGACUGUGGCUAACGUCUAUCUGUCUCUGACCUAAGUUGCCAGUCUCUUGUUUUUAUAGUGGAAAAGAAAAUUUGAAUGUUUUGAUCUUUCACAUGCUUUGCUAACUUGUAAGUUUAGCAGAAGCUUCAGUUCAAACCUUGUUUGCAGUGUGUAAAAGGAGGUGAGAGAGAGUUUGGUACAAUCUGGUAAAUCUUCGCAAUUGAUCUGCAGUUUAUCUCAGGAACUGGAGUGAAUUUUGCUAUUUCUAAAACCAGAAUUUACUGACAGAAUUUAUUAUGUAUCAGACCAUUAGAAAAUGCUCUACCUUUGAUCUUUUUUCGAGUUUUUAAGUUUUAAAUUUUUUUUCCAGACUUUGCAGUGACUUUUCUUUUAUGGAAUCUGUACCUCUUGCCAAAAGUACUUAAAUGUACAUGAAAAAUUUUCAUUUGUAUAGGGGACCAUUUAUCAGAGGGACUUGAUGGAUAAGUUUUUACUUAAUAUUAUCUUGGUGCUUAUGCAGAUAUGCAGUAUACUUGUAAUUCAGAUUAUGAUUUUUGUUGGAAUGUAAUCGAUAAAACAGGGAUAUUUUCAAUGGUCUUACUGUACUGUCAGACUCUUUAAAAGCUAAUAUUAUUGUUCUGUCUGAUUUUAUACUGAAUUUUGAUCAGACUUUUUGGAGAAACUGUUUUUGGUCUUGCUCAGGUGUAUGACUACUCAGAUUCAACUGCAGGAUCAGUGCUUUUUUGACUGUUUUAAUGACACUGCUAUACAAUCCCUCCUUACUCCAGUUUCUACAUGUAUUUCAUGUCAUUUACUCUGGAGAAAAUAUGAGCUAGUUGUUUGUAAAUGGCUUUCACUACUCUCUUCCAGGAAAUUGGAAAAUUAUGUCAUAUGUAUUACAGUACUGUGUACAACUUUAUAGUGUAUAUGUGCUAUUUCCACUAGAUGCGGGAGAUGACUCUCUAAAACACCAAGAUUUCUCUUUCCCAGAUCAUUAUCUUAAUUAAUUUUUCUGUACUUCAUAUUCUUACUAUAUAAUGGGGAAGUAUUCACAUAUUUAAUGGAAAUGUAAUCACUUGUUGGAAAACCUGUGUUUUUCAAAACCUAUUUGCUAUAUAUACAUUGGGCUGAAUAUCUGACCGUGUAUGAGCAAUCAAAUUUUGUAUUUUAGAAUAAAUCCAUGACAAAUCUUUUGAGAAUGGGGAUAUUGAGGUGCUGGCAGCGGAGUGUCUGGUAUGUGGGCAGCAAUAAAAGAUCAGCAAAAAGUACGGAAACCUACCAGGAAAUGGGUAUGUAGAAGGAAUCC